ACUUCACCUAACUACUGUCCCUUUCCAAGCUCUACUUCCUUAUAAUUAUUUUAAUUGAUUAUUCUUACUUCUACAUUCAUAUCUAUUGAACCAGUUCUAAGCUAUCUCAACAUGGGUGCAGAGUCGCCAAUAGAACAAACCAAGCAGACGCUGGCCCAAAAAGCCAGAGCAUGGGGAGAGAACUCCUUCGCUCCCACCCUCCUCGCCACCCUCAUCACCGCUCAACACAUGCGCCCCUUCCAGCCCCUCCCGAUGAUAUUUCCUCCAGUUCUCCUCUUCACAAGCUACGCAAGCCUGCAGGGUUUCAAAACCGAUAGCGCCGGUAUUAGUGCCGCGUGGUCCGGGCUGUAUCUUCUCCUAGCGGGACGGCGGAAGCAGCCGUUCAUGAAGAAAUGGGGUGCGCGGGGAAUUGUACGCGGGGCAACUAUGGGUCUUUGUUUGGCUAAUUUGGUGGGUGGUGGGCUUGCUUAUACAUUGGGGAAGAUGGAGGAAGAAGAAGAGGACGAUUAGAUACGAGGACAGUUGUGCUUGAUACCUAGGUACCUAAGGACGAGUACCUAUGUAUAACCUUUGUAUGAGUAUAGGAUUGCGGUUUGAUAUGUGGACUGGCGAAUGGAUGAUGG